GUGGGGAGGCCGCGCGCGGGACUCUCCCAGGUCACCGGCGGGGACCGGUCCCGGCACGCUUCCUCCUUCCUCCCCCUCCCGGCGGCCUGCCGGGCCCCUCCUCCCUGCCCGCGCGCUCCCUCCCUCCUCUUCCCCUCCCCGGGCCGCCGCCUCCUCCUCCUCCUCCGCCUCCCUUUCUCUCUCGAUCUGUCUCUCCCGGCCCGGAAUCCAUUCCGGCCCGGGAGCCGGAGCGGCCAGGCCGCCGUGUGCCCGAACCCCUGGCCGUCCGGCUGUCCGUCCUCCGGUGCGUCUGUCUGCCCGGUGCGUCCGCCUGCCCGCCGGUCCAGAAUCCAGAGGUUCAGAGAAGAAGUGACUUGCCCAGCUAUGAGAGAGAGCGGCACCAGGAUCUGAAACCAGUCCUGCAGACAAGUCCACUGUUAGACCAUGCACCCCCCGAGACGGGACCUGGCCAGUCCAUCUCUGUGUCCCCCUGUGGUGACUGGCAGAGGGCUUGCUGCACAGUUGGUGCUGUGAAUACUGUCCUGGGGAGCAGAUGAGGACACUGAGGCCCAGAGAGGGGAAGUGACUUGCCUAGGGUCACACAGCAGGCAGAGGUGGAGCAGGGCCUCUAGUCUACGACCCCUGACUCCAUACCUGGUGUUCGUGCUGUGACCUCAGGCUGCUUCCCAGGUCCCUGCCUUCCACCAGUCUGCAGGACCAUGGGCAGCAACAAGAGCAAGCCCAAGGAUGCCAGUCAGCGGCGCCGCAGCCUGGAGCCUGCCGAGAACACCCACGGAGGCGGUGGCGGUGGCGGCGGCGGUGGGGGUGCCUUCCCCUCUUCACAGACCCCCAGCAAGCCAGCCUCCUCUGAUGGCCACCGCGGCCCCAACACGGCCUUCGCCCCUGCAGCCGCUGAGCCCAAGCUGUUCGGAGGCUUCAACUCCUCGGACACAGUCACCUCCCCGCAGAGAGCGGGGCCCCUGGCUGGCGGAGUGACCACCUUCGUGGCCCUCUAUGACUAUGAGUCACGGACAGAGACUGACCUAUCUUUCAAGAAAGGGGAGCGGCUUCAGAUUGUCAACAACACAGAGGGAGACUGGUGGCUGGCCCACUCACUCAGCACAGGACAGACGGGCUACAUCCCCAGCAACUACGUGGCGCCCUCUGACUCCAUCCAGGCCGAAGAGUGGUACUUUGGCAAGAUCACCAGACGGGAGUCAGAGCGGUUACUGCUCAAUGCGGAGAACCCAAGAGGGACCUUCCUAGUGCGAGAAAGCGAGACCACGAAAGGCGCCUACUGCCUCUCGGUGUCCGACUUCGACAAUGCCAAGGGCCUCAACGUGAAGCACUACAAGAUCCGCAAGCUGGACAGCGGCGGCUUCUACAUCACCUCCCGCACCCAGUUCAACAGCCUGCAGCAGCUGGUGGCCUACUACUCCAAACAUGCUGACGGCCUCUGCCACCGCCUCACCACUGUGUGCCCCACGUCCAAGCCGCAGACUCAAGGUCUGGCCAAGGAUGCCUGGGAGAUCCCCCGGGAGUCACUGCGGCUGGAGGUCAAGCUGGGCCAGGGCUGCUUCGGAGAGGUGUGGAUGGGGACCUGGAACGGCACCACCAGGGUGGCCAUCAAAACCCUGAAGCCUGGUACGAUGUCUCCGGAGGCCUUCCUGCAGGAGGCCCAGGUCAUGAAGAAGCUGAGGCAUGAGAAACUCGUGCAGCUGUAUGCCGUGGUGUCCGAAGAGCCCAUCUACAUUGUCACGGAGUACAUGAGCAAGGGAAGUUUGCUGGACUUUCUCAAGGGGGAGACAGGCAAGUACCUGAGGCUGCCUCAGCUGGUGGACAUGGCUGCACAGAUCGCCUCGGGCAUGGCUUACGUGGAGCGGAUGAACUAUGUCCACCGAGACCUCCGGGCUGCCAACAUCCUGGUGGGAGAGAGCCUCGUGUGCAAAGUGGCUGACUUCGGGCUGGCUCGACUCAUUGAAGACAACGAAUACACAGCCCGGCAAGGUGCCAAAUUCCCCAUCAAGUGGACGGCUCCGGAAGCUGCCCUCUAUGGCCGGUUCACCAUCAAAUCAGAUGUGUGGUCCUUUGGGAUCCUGCUGACGGAGCUCACGACAAAGGGACGAGUGCCCUACCCUGGGAUGGUGAACCGCGAGGUGCUGGACCAGGUGGAGCGGGGCUACCGGAUGCCCUGCCCGCCUGAGUGUCCCGAGUCCUUGCAUGACCUGAUGUGCCAGUGCUGGCGGAAGGACCCAGAGGAACGGCCCACCUUCGAGUACCUGCAGGCCUUCCUGGAGGACUAUUUCACGUCCACCGAGCCCCAGUACCAGCCCGGAGAGAACCUAUAGGGCGGGGCUACCGGGCCAGACUGCCUUCUCGGCUUGGGUCCUGGGCUGGGUGGCCCCUGACGCGGGGUCUUGCCUGCCUCAGCCUGCCCGCGUUCCCUGGAAUUGCCAGUGACGAGGCUCCGCCCUCUUCCGUGGCGGGGCGGGGCUUGGGGCCGCCCUGGGGGCGGGGCCUAAGGCUGCCAGUGACUGUGUCCUGGCUCCGCCCACCAACACACCCCCUCCCUGCGUUCUCCCCUGGAGCUCUGCGUGUCUCAGCGGGGGGCCCUGGGAAGAAAGGCUGGGGCUGAGGGUGCCCUUUUCUUAGCCUCAGCCCACCCCGCGCACUGGCUCCUUCCCACUUCCACGCCACCCCAGGUCUGUCUGCAGAGCUGGCCAAAGAGCCUUUCCAAAGAGGAGUGAUGGGCCCCUGGCCCCCGGCCUGCCUGCCGCCCUGGCCCAUGCCGUCCGUUUCUGAAUCGCCUGUUUGCGGAAGGCUCCUGGGUUCAGCCCUCUCCGUUGUGGCUCUCAGGCUGGUGAGGCCUAGCUUGACUUGAUGCUCGUGGGUGGGGGUGGACACCCUCCUCAAACCCUGCCCUUCUUAGGCUUGAGGAAUCCUCAGAGAUCAUUAAUUCCUUGUCCCCGUAUUAUCCAUGGGGACACUGAGUCCAGAGAGAGGAUGUGACUUGCCCGAGGCAGCAGAGCACUGCAGGGUUGAGGUGGGAUUGGAACCCGGUGCUCCCUUUGUCUUCCUCAGGAACCAACGCAAUUGUCCUUGGACGCAUUGUGGACAGACUGGGGCAGCCCAGGGGACAAGGGGCCUGAGAAUGGCUCAGAGAUAGCAGACAGAGUCCUGCUGCCCCUGCUCGCUCAGUGGGGCUAUUGUGGGGGGAGAAAGUGGAGAUGGAUGUGGGGCUGAGCUAAAAAUGAAGGGUAUAAGGGUAGGGAGGCAGGUUUCAAUCAGAGUGUGGUUGGUUUUUUAUCUUUGGCACUAGCCAAUCAUGAAAGGGAGCUCACAGGCUCUGGAGGCAAUCAAGCAGAAGUAGAAGAUCCAAGUGGUUGCGAGACCCUGGCCUCAGGACGGAACCCCAGGUCCUCCUUCCCCCAGUUGGUCCUGUGUCAUUUCAAUGCCUGGCCUCUGCUCUCCUCUCCAAGUUGGCACCCUUAAACCCAUGAGUAGGGAAAGGAGUGCGUAGGCUGGGGUGAGAGAGGACAGAUUGUCUAUUGCCACAUACCAGGACUGGCUGUGUGACCUCGGGCAGCCCCUGCUGCUUCUCUGGGCUUCAGUGUCUGCCUCCAUAUGUGGCCAUGGCCUCUGCAACUGCUCCACGCCUGUCCAGACCCUAUGGCCUGGCAUCACGUGGUGAUUGGUGAGUCUAGCCCAUGGCAUCAAGAGACCGUGUUUUGGCCCUUGGGUUCUGUGGUGGCUUUUCCCUGGGCCUCAUCAUGCCCUUCUUAAAUGGGGCAGCUGACAGUUUCGUAGGCAUUCUGCCAAGGGCCCCUGUGUGUGUGUAUGUGUGUGUGUGCACGUGUGUGUUCCUCCAUGUGUGUUCAUAUUUAACAUGUAAAAAUGUCCCCUCCUCUGUCCCCCAGCCAUGUACAUUUCACCCCCAGCCCCCCAUCAUAGCAAUAACGUUCCUGCUGCCAGGGGUUCUUGAGCCAGCCAGGCCCUGCCAGUGGGGAAGGAGGCCAAGUGGUGCCUGCCUAUGAAAUUUCAAUUUUUCCUUUCAUACAUGUGUAUUACCCAAGUCUUCUCCUGUCUGUCCCAGUCAAAAUCUGGGUUCAGUCCAGCGUGCUCUCAAAUCCCCUUCCAACUGCCCAGCGCCCUUUGUAUAAGGUAUCCUAAUACUGUCCUUUUGUUUUUUUUUUUUAAACAAACAGUGUUUUGUAGAUUUCAGAUGACUAUGCAGAGGCCUAGGGGACCCCCCGGCUCUGGGCAGGGCCAGGGGGUCCCGCAUUCCAUGGCCCAGGCCUGGGGGGGGAGGGGGGAAUUUGGAAUUGGUUGUAAAUACUUUGCAUAUUGUCUGAUUAAACACAAACAGACCUCAGA